AUGGCAAAGACAGUGGGAUUCUUCAAGUGCUACAAUCCUCAAAACAGCAUACAAAGAUUGAAACUUCCAAAGGCCUUUGGUUUACAAGUACAAGGAGCUAUACCAGAGAGGGCAUUCCUUAGAGAUUGCUACACAAAUCUGUGGCCUGUGAAAGUAGCCAAAAUUGGAAAUGACUUGUUUUUUGAAGAUGGCUGGGAAAAAUUUGUUCAAGAUAACUAUGUGGAAUCAUGGGUCGUCUUUGUGCUCCAAUACGACGGGGAAAAUCUAUUUGAUGUAAAACUAAUGGGGUUGUCAGGUUGUGAUAUGGAGGGUGUUGGACAUUUUGUUAAUACUGUUGAAGAUGAGAACGAAGAAGAUGGUGAAGCAGAAAUGGAAGUGGCUGAUUAUGGAGCUAGCCAAGAGGAUGAUAUUGACAGCGAUGAAGAUGAUAAGCGCGAUGACAUCCUGCUGGAGGAAGAAGAAAGAGAAACAGAAGAAGAUGGUGUUGUAGAAGCUGAGCAAGUAGUGGCUAAUGGUUUGGCUCCCCGGCCACAAAGACCUUACUUCGUCACUAAAAUCAUGAAAAAACGGCCAAAUCAAUUUUUCAUCCCCCAGGCAAUAAUCAAUAAAUUCAAGCUGUCCCUCCCCAGUUCAACGUAUUUCAUUGAUCAACAAAAUAGAAAAUGGCCGGCCAAGCUUUCCAAAUGGAAAUGCGGGCGCCUUUCAUACGUUGGAGGUUGGAUUAAUCUGUGCAGAGUAAACUUUGCUAGUGAAGAGGAUAGUUGCAUAUGCGAAUUUGUCGAAGAAAAUGGGCCUGGAGGCUUUGGCCUGCAUAUACAUGUCAGUGUCGUCAGAGCGUAG